AUCAUGUGACUCAAAAUGAAGUGAUUAAAUGUUUUACGAAAGGACAAUUGUAGAACAUUUUAGUAGUGUUGUUUUAGUGUUUUGUGUUAACAAUGAGUGGUGCACUUUUUAAUAUAUUUCUGGUUCAUGUGAUGUUGUAGCAAAUAAUUCCAAUAAUGUCUUCAGAAUUAGCCAUGCGCACACCAGCGCAUGAGAGCUGUGGACCAUCAAAAGAACCAGCUAAUUCAAGUCGAUUCCUGGUGCGCCCUCGCCUCUACAUGGCCCUCAGCCUGGUUCUCUCUCUUCUUUAUAUCAGUACGACUUUCUUAGACUCGACUUCGGGGCAGCUGCCGACCCUGGUAAAUGAACUCAAAAAGAUACAAUCUUUCAAAGGGAAAGAAUAUGCAAUAAAAAAUGUAGAUGGAUGCAGCAUUCCUGACUUUGAUCCAUUUGCCAAAUCAACGAGGCACGUAUUUCACAAAGUUUCAAAACCAAAUUGUUCAGAUCGACCACUUGCAUCAUCUGUGAGGAAAAAGGAUUCAGGAUAUGAAAUUGUGAUAAAUAAAAAUAUCGUUAGAAAGUAUUACAAGGCUGAGACGAAGUAUACGUGCUGUUAUAACGAAGUAUGGAGGGACCCAAAAGCAAGGGAUCAAAAUAUAAAGAAAUCAAAGUGCCAUCCAAUAAAUGAAGAAACAAUGCUUUCUAACACAACAGAAUUUAUAUUAGUUUCGUGCCAAAAUUCUGCCAAAGGUUUACGAAAGGGUAAAGUUUGGUAUAAAAACGGGCAUGCUCUGAUACCAGAUAAAGAAUCUGUCCAGCGCCGGUUGGCAGAAACCCGAUCGGCCCAAAUUAAUCCUCCAAUUAGCGUCCUUCUUAUAUCAAUAGAUUCAAUUUCUAGACUUAAUCUUAUGAGAUCUAUGCCAAAAACUGCAAGACAUUUGCAUGAUAAUGGUUGGAUUGAACUACGUGGAUACAAUAAGAUAGGUGAUAACACGUAUCCAAAUUUAAUGGCCGUUCUUACUGGAAAAUCGCCAACGAAUUCUUACGUUUCCUGCAAACCUACGACAUUACAUGGUCUUGAUAAUUGCUGGUUUAUCUGGAAGAAUUACUCUAAUGCGGGGUAUGUUACGGCCUAUGGUGAAGAUUACCCGUCCAUAAACACAUUUAAUUAUAGGAAAAAAGGGUUUUAUAAACAACCAACGGACUAUUAUAUGAGACCAUUAUUUCUGGCAAUUAAUUCGUUCACACCGGCUAGUCAUAAAUAUGGCCAGUACUGUUCAGGGCCAGUUUCUGCAGGUCGACGAAUAUAUGAUUAUGCCUUAGAUUUUACCAACAAAUUUCGUGAUGAUCCUUUUUUUGCUCUUUUUUGGAUGAACUCGUUCAGUCAUAACGAGGUUAACAUGCCGAACUCUAUGGACGGAGAAACAAUGAAUUUUUUCGAUGAUUUACAAAAGAACGGCAUCCUGGACACAUCAGUAGUGUUUUUCUUUAGCGAUCAUGGCAUACGUUUUGGCAAGAGUCGUCAACUUUUUACUGGAUUCUACGAGGAACGAUUGCCUUUCUUUUUUGCUUGGUUGCCUGACUGGUUCAGGGAACGUUAUCCAGAUCUAGUCGAAGCGUUCGUGGAAAAUUCAAAUAGAUUGACUACGCCGUACGAUUUUCACGUAACACUUUUGCAUCUGUUGUCGCUGGCUGAUAAUCCGGAAGCAAUAGUUGAAAAUGGCACCAAAGGUUGUUCCACAAGUCAAAGCUUAUUUAAAGUUGUGUCCAGUAAACGGAGUUGUUCUGAUGCUUGUAUAGACCCACAUUGGUGUACUUGCGGUGAUCUAGUCGAACAAGACCAGAACAGUACACUUCUUAAGGACAUGGCCCUUGCAGUAGUAGAUCACCUCAAUAAUGUAGAGCUAUUUAAUCACACCAUGUGCAGCCAUCUCAGCCUGUACCAGAUUCUUACAGCAAAAACUCUCGAUGGAGUGCAUUCUGGUUCGAAUCAGAAUGUUAUCGUUUUUGAAACAGCACCAGGAAGAGCCCGGUUUGAAGCAACAAUUUCCAAAGACAAAGACAAUAAUUUUAUUGUCCACGACCAAAUUAGUAGACUGAAUACAUACGAAGGCCAAAGCGACUGUGUUUCGCAAGAUAUACUUAGAAAAUAUUGUUUCUGUGUUAAAUAACAUGAAAGUAUUUAAGUCAAAUCUACCAAUUUUAUUUAUAGACUAUUUAAGUAAUAAGUAGUUUUUGUUUAUAUUUUUAAGAAUUAAAUUUUUUAGUUAUUUAUGAUGCAUGAUAAAAAUUUAUAAUAAUAAUAAUUACCGAAGUAUAUACUCUGUUGUAUUUGUUUUUAGUAUUUUUAUAGGAGUUCCAGGAGCGUAUUCGUGCUAGU